AUGGAGGUGGAGGAGGAGGUAAAAUGCUCUCCACACGAUCGUGGGGAUUUGUGUGUUCCCGAGAGCUUCUUUGAUCGCGUAACGCAAGGGUUGCGCGGUGAUCUCGAACAUGAGCGGGACAGGCGUCUCCAAAUGGCGGACACUGUCUCGAAGCAUCGAGCUGAGUUUGCCUUUGCUCAGCUUGAGAACGAGAGAGCUCUGAAAUCUCUUCGUGGCGUGCUAAGGGUAGCUCGUGGGAUUGUCGAUCGGUCUCGGGAUGAGAUAGCUGCUCUUCAGACCCUUGUUGAUGCCCACCAUCGGGAUCACAAGGCUCUCUGCGAGAUGCUUGAGCGCAAGGGCGUUCUUCAUCGGAAGAAGCAGCGUACUGAUGGUACGGCUUAA